UGGGAAGAUGAAGGCACACUGUGUUUCCAGAUCGACGCCGGCGGCAUCAUCGUGGCGAGGCGAGAGGACAACAACAUGAUCAACGGAACCAAGCUGUUGACCGUCGCUGGGAUAGAUCGGGCCCAGCGUGACGGCUUCUUGAAGUCGGAAAAAGUACGACAUGUGGUCAAGAUCGGACCGAUGCAUCUC